AGCCAGAAAGGAAGGCAGAGUAAGGCUGGGAGGAGAGCUGGACUGGGAGUCCGGGGCCAGGCAGACGCUCUGGGUAUGACCUGCCGCUUACAAGCCAGGAAGGUGCUGUGAAGAUGUCAGCCCUUGUAGAGCCUGCGAUGCACACUCUCCGGAUCGGUACAAAUGGUGAGCAGUCUCGCACCCCAUCUCCGCAAAACUCUCCCAGACUCCACAAUGAAAGCUGCAGCAUUGCCCCUCUGACACCGUCCCAGUCACCGAGGAAUGAAAUCCGGACACGUCAAUCCACUCCCUUCUCUGUGGUGGUAGCCAUUGACUUUGGCACAACCUCCAGCGGCUAUGCCUUCAGUUUUGUCAGCGACCCAGAAGCCAUUCACAUGAUGAGGAAAUGGGAAGGUGGCGAUCCUGGAGUAGCCCAUCAGAAGACCCCCACUAGCCUCCUCCUGACCCCAGAAGGCAAUUUCCACAGCUUUGGGUAUACCGCCAGGGAUUAUUACCAUGACCUUGAUCCUGAUGAGGCUCGUGACUGGCUGUACUUUGAAAAGUUCAAAAUGAAAAUCCACAGCACCAGUGACUUGACCAUGAAAACUGAACUGGAAGCAGUGAACGGGAAAAAGGUGCAGGCGCUGGAGGUCUUUGCCCACGCCCUCCACUUCUUCAAGCGACAAGCUGUGCAGGAACUCAAGGACCAGUGCCCAGCGUUGCCAGAUAAAGAUGCCAUCCGGUGGGUGAUCACCGUGCCGGCCAUCUGGAAACAGCCCGCCAAGCAGUUCAUGAGAGAGGCUGCCUACUUGGCUGGGCUAGUUCCUCCGGAGAACCCCGAGCAACUGUUGAUUGCCCUGGAGCCAGAAGCGGCCUCCAUCUACUGCCGGAAGCUUCGCCUCAACCAGCUGAUAGACCUAAGCUAUAAACCCCAGGCCAACGGCCUCACCUCGGACCUGCCAAUUGACUCCAGCUUCAGGCAGGCCCGAGAACAGCUUCGCCGUUCCAGACACAGUAGAACUUUCCUGGUGGAGUCUGGGGUGGGAGAGCUUUGGUCUGAAAUGCAGACAGGAGACCGCUACAUCGUGGCCGACUGCGGAGGAGGGACAGUAGAUUUGACCGUUCACCAGAUCGAACAGCCUCAGGGGACCCUGAAGGAGCUUUACAAAGCAUCAGGGGGUCCUUAUGGGGCUGUGGGGGUGGACCUGGCCUUUGAGAAACUUCUCUGCCAGAUCUUCGGCGAGGACUUCAUUGCGACCUUCAAGGCCAAGCGCCCGGCGGCUUGGGUCGACCUGACCAUCGCCUUUGAGGCCCGCAAGCGGACGGCUGCACCUCACCGCUCCAAUCCUCUCAACAUCUCGCUGCCUUUCUCCUUCAUCGACUUCUACCGGAAGCAUCGGGGACAGAAUGUGGAGACGGCACUCAAGCGCAGCAGCGUGAACUUGGUGAAGUGGUCCUCCCAAGGGAUGCUGCGCAUGUCGUCCGAGGCCAUGAACGAACUCUUCCAGCCCACCACGAGUCAGAUUAUUAACCAUAUUGAUGUCCUCAUGAAGAAACCGGAAGUAAAAGGCAUCAAGUUCCUUUUCCUGGUGGGAGGGUUUGCCGAGUCGUCAAUGCUGCAACAUGCCGUCCAGUCAGCUUUCAGCGGCAUUUGCCGAGUCAUCAUCCCUCAGGACGUGGGGCUGACCAUCCUGAAAGGUGCGGUGCUGUUUGGCCUGGACCCCACCAUCGUCCGAGUGCGGCGCUCGCCCCUGACCUAUGGGGUGGGAGUGCUGAACAAAUUUGUGGAAGGGAAACACCCCAAGGAGAAGCUCCUGGUCAAGGAAGGGAAGAACUGGUGCACGGACAUCUUUGAGAAGUUUGUCUCCGUCGACCAGUCCGUGGCCCUGGGCGAGGUGGUGCAGAGGAGCUACUGUCCUGCCCGGGUGGGGCAGCGCAAGAUCAUCAUCAACAUCUACUGCUGUGCCACAGACAACGUGGUCUACAUUACCGAUCCCGGGGUGAGGAAGUGUGGCACCAUCAGCCUGGACUUGGACGAACUGGACGAUUCCAGUUCUCCAAAGAGGGGCCGUCGAGAGAUACGGGCAAGCAUGCAGUUUGGCGACACGGAGAUCAAGGUGGCGGCAAUGGAUGUCCGGACAUCAAAGACCGUGAGGGCUUCCAUCGAUUUCCUUUCCAACUGAUGCCUUGGGAAUCAGAGUCCUUGGGGGUGGGAGAGCCGUUACGCCACAGCUCCUCUUCUCUGCGAGCUUUUCUCUCUCUGCAAUCCAAGGGCUGACUCGUGUCUGACAUGGGAAGAAAUCAUAGGAAGCUUCCUUAUACGGAGUAAGACCAUUGGCCCAUUUAGUUUAGUAUUGUCUGCACUGACUGGCAGUGGCUCUCCUGGGUUCCAGACUGGGCUCUCCAAGUGUGUCCGCACUUCCAAAGAGCUGAAAGAGCUGAAAGCUGGGCUCCUGCUGGGAGGAAGGGCGGGAUAUAAAUCAAGUAAUAAAUAGAUCUGUCUCUCCUCCCCCCCCCCACUCGCCCUCCAGUCAACUUGUGAAUGAAUGCUCCGUUUGUGCAAAAAAGUAAUUCUCCUCUUAUAGCAGGCCUAGAAUUCUCCAGACCAGGGAGAGGGACUCCCACCCAGGGAGAACUAACUCAUAGCAGAUAAGUAAAUUAGCCUUAAGAGAAGCCUGAGACUGGCAGGGUUUGAAUACAAGUAAAGAAACAGGAAGAGAGAGCCGAAGAGACCCUGGGCAGUGACUAGCACAAGGCUAGUGAGGCUCCUCGGGCUAUGUGUCACUGUGGCACGGGAAGGGUUUAAGGGACUGUGUGGGCAAGGGCCAUAGCUCAAUGGCAGAUCUUCUGUUUUAUAUGCAGAUGGUCCUGGGUUCAAACCCCAGCAGCAUCUGCAAGUAGGGCUGGGAGGGACCCCUGCCUGAAAUCCUGAAGUCAGUGUAGAUGAAUCGGCGUUCUGACUCCAGUGUUGGGCAGUUUCGGGAGCCACCCCAGCAGCUGUGACCAGCUGAGCCUCCUGCCCUCUCUGGCACAGCAGCAGGGUUGGGACUCGUGGUCUGUCCCACAGGCAUCGCAAUCUGCAGCCCGGAGUGGUCAGCAAUGGCACAAAAAUCCCUUUAUUUACAUCACACUGCCUUUUCCUUCGAACUGCACCUUCCACGUGCGUGCAUGCGCACUUUUGAGGCACACCUUGGGAGCUGAGGGUAAGGGAGUCUGGGCCACCUGGAACCCAGGCUUGUAUCCCCGUGGACAUGCCAAUUUGCUUUCUUAAAAAGAAAGGGUAUGGCUUUAAGCAUUGCUACUCACCUUCCAGGUGGCAGCUAGCUUGGAAUGGAAGCAAAUAAAGGGGAAGGCAAGCAGACAGGCAUGUCCAUAAAGGAACAGGGGCCUUGUCCAGGUCAGUGAUGGCAACUCUACUCCAGGUACACGUUGCCAACCUUAUAACUGGGCUCUUGGCAGGCCCCGAUUUUGAACAGCAGGUGGCACUGUUGCCCCAUCUAUUGUGCCUUAAUCCACAUUAAAAACUAGGCCAGCCUUUGCCAACUUGGUGCCCCCCAGAUGUUUUGGGCUACUACUCAGCCUCUGCCAGCGUAGCUACUGUAAUCCAAAACAGCUAGAGGGCACCAGGUUGGGGAAGGCUGGUCUAUGCUAUAGCCGGGUUUAUACAGCUAGUUACAUCAAACACGCUACCAGCCUCUUUGCUCUUGUUUAAGAUCCCCUGCUUAGGGGCAAGUCACCAAACUAGAGAGGUGUCUGGUCUAGAGCUCUGCCACUAUUUUCUGCACUCAAAAAUCCAAACCUAUAGCUCAAAAAAGACAAAUAAUUAGGUGUUAGAACAAAUUAAAUCAGAACUGUCACUAGAAGCUAAAAUGAUGAAACUGAGGUUAUCAGUUUGGACACCUCAUGAGAAGACAUGAUUCACUAGAACAGACAAUAAUGCUGGGAAAAACAGAAGGGAGUAGAAAAAGAGGAAGGCCAAACGAGAGAUGGAUUGAUUCCAUAAAGGAAGCCACAGACCUGAACUUACAAGAUCUGAACAGGGUGGCUCAUGACAGAUGCUGUUGGAGGUCACUGAUUCAUAGGGUCGCCACAAAUCGUAAUUGACUUGAAGGCACAUAACAACAACAAAUAGCCCAGCAACACCCCUCACCACCACCCCCAGCGCCAGACUCAUCGAUUUCCUAUCACUGAGAAGCUCCGUGCAGUCUUUUCUGCCCAUCUCUCUUGGUAGAAGCAGAACUGAAAAACCACAGGUGUUAUCUCAGUACUGAUGUAGACUCUUAGAAACUUGAACUUUUGAGGUGUCCCAACUUUUCAGUGGCUGUUUCUGAAACAUCUGAUGCUUGUGACUGAGAACUGCCCAAGCGCCCACUGCGACUUUGCAAGGGAGGAGGGGGAGAAAGCCAGAAUAAGCUGACUCUGCCGGGAGUGACUCUCCCCUCCGCCCCACCAGCGCCAGGGGGCAUCAGCAGCCACUGCCAAACUGAGCAGGGUGGCGAACAGGAUCGCUCCCUUCCCUGAAAGAUCUUGCUGAAUAAAAUGUUGACAUUU